AUGGAGAAACUAUUUGACGUUUUUAUGAUGACCUUCGUGGCUCUGUUUCUUACGGUGCCAUUCGUGUCUAUAUUUAUAAUAUUGGUCUGGCCGGAAUUGGAAAAAGCAUUGGAUGCAGCAGUUGUAAGGUGGAUUGUGAAGAUAAGAAAAGUGAAAGGCAUAUUCGAUGCUAAAGAAUCACGCCGGCAACAAGAGGAACGGAUUCGCUUGAUGAGGAAUAUAGACCAUGACAUACGGGUACUCAAACAAAGGGAUAUUUUCCUCAGGGCAAUGGUUCUGGAGUUCGCUGCUGAGGGCAAAGUCGAAGAGAUUGAGGGACUCGAUUUUAUCGGUCCUAAGAACUGGCGGAAGAAGUUAGCAGACUCGAAAGAGAGACUUCGGACACAUGAAGGAUACUGUGAAUCCUUAUUUUACACAGCACCGGAAUGGCCGAAAAUAUGUGUAAGGGCGGAGGUUGCUGUUCAAGAAGUUGCGGAUGCUGCUGGAGGCCCCGGACCGAGGCACAGCUCAGACUCAGCUAGGGGCGAGCUGUUCUUCAUGUCGGCAGUGUAA